AACAGCUGAAUGGAAGCCAGUCGCACAGAGAUAUGAUGAUGAUGAUGAUCCAAGAAAUGAAAAGGUGUUUGCCUGAAGGAAAAAGGAGUUCCAGCAAGUCCAGUACUAUCAGUGCUCUCAACUAUGCCUUGCAGUGUGUGCAGCACGUCCAAGCAAACAGUGAAUUUUUCCAAGUUGCAAAUGACCGAAGAAUAUUUCAGACAGAUGUGAUCACGUACAGCAUAGAAGAGCUGGUGACAGUUGCAUCUGAACACACUCCAAAAAACACAGACACCUUUGUGGCUGUGUUUUCCUUGCAUUCUGGGCGAAUAGUGCAUAUUUCUGAUCAGGCAGCAUCCAUUCUAAACUGUAAGAAGAAAAUACUGGAUUCUUCCCGGUUCGUAGAGCUGCUUCUCCCUCAGGAUGUUAGUGUGUUCUACACACACACUGAUCAGUCCCACUUGCCGCUUUGGAACAUGGAAAGUCAAACAGCUUCUCUGUAUGAAUAUGCCCGGGUGAAAUCCUUUUUCUGCAGAAUCAGGCCUGGUAAAGAUCAAGAAACACAUUGUUAUCCCUUCCGAAUCACCCCAUAUUUGGUCCGUGUGUGCACUUCUGCUCACGUGGAUGCAGAGUCCUGUUGCCUAGCUUUGGCUGAGAAAAUUCACUCUGGAUAUGAAGCUCCUCGAAUACCUAUGGAAAAAAGAAUCUUCACCACAACUCACACCCCAGGAUGUGUUUUUCUGGAGAUAGAUGACAGAGCGGUGCCUCUGUUGGGUUACUUACCUCAAGAUUUAAUUGGAACAUCCAUACUGAUGUAUCUGCAUCCAGAAGAUCGUCCUUUGAUGAUUGCUGUUCACCGGAAAAUCCUGAAGUUUGCUGGCCAUGCCCCUUUUGAACAUUCACCUAUUAGAUUUUGUACUCAAAAUGGGGAUUAUGUCAUACUGGAUACCAGCUGGUCUAGUUUCGUGAAUCCAUGGAGCAGGAAAGUAGUGUUCAUCAUUGGCCGACACAAAGUCCGAGCAAGCCCUUUGAAUGAAGAUGUGUUUGCUGUGAGAAGUAAAGAAAUGAGCAGUGUUGAGAAAGAGAUACAAGAAUUGCAAGGACAAAUUUACAAACUUCUCCUGCAGCCAGUUCAUAGCAAUGUUUCUAGUGGUUAUGGAAGCCUUGGUAGCAAUGGCUCUUAUGAACACUAUAUCAGCAUAGCCUCUUCAAGUGACUCCGCUGGGAACUGUGCAGAAGAGAUACAAGAACCAAUGACAUUGCAACAAGUAUGUGCAGAUGUCAACCGAAUAAAGAGUCUGGGACAACAGCUGUAUAUUGCAUCGCGGAGCAAGCCACAGAAUGGAAAUGAACAGGCUACAAAUUCAGAAACGCUAGGAGGGAAAAGGCACACUGCUUCCUGUUUCCUUCCGGCAUUGAGAAGUGAUAACACUGAAGAACCAGGCAAUGCAUUUUGUGAUGAUUCAAAGAAGAAUCCACAUGUUCCAUUGUAUCAGCAGAUCAAUUGUGUUGAUAGUAUCAUCAGAUAUCUAGAGAGCUGCAGUAUUCCAGCUUUGAAAAGGAAAUGUAUAUCUACAAACACAUCAUCAUCAUCAUCUUCAGAAGGUAACAAGCGAGCCCAGCAAAGCCAGAAUGAAAUCAAGGGGUUGGAAGUUAGUUCCCAGACUCCAAUAUCUGCUGACCUGGAAGAGACUCUCAAAGAGCAGGCAGCCACAGGCGUGAUGGGAACCCCUCUGGUGGACCUGGCUCUGACUAACAAGGCUCCAAGUGUGGUGUCUGUCACCAGCCAGUGCAGUUACAGCAGCACGAUAGUGCAUGUUCCACACCCAGGAUCAGAAGUGGCUACAAUGGAGGAUGCUGCUGUUGGAAGUGAACGCAUUGAGCUGCCUUCUGUGAAUACUCAGAGUCCCGUUAUGGUUCCUGAGGAAUUAAAGCCAGUCGGUCUAACCAAAGAGACAUUGUCUGCCCACACUCAGAAGGAGGAGCAGGACUACGUUGACAAGUUCCGCCAGAAGAUCUUGCUCUCUCCAUUUAGGACUUAUCUCCAACAGGGGAGCAGAAGUAACAAUGGACAUUCCUAUGGUCAAGGAGAUUUCCCUUCAAAGCACAUGAGCUCAGCUAGCUGUAAAAGAGGCAAACUCGGAAAAUUCAAGCGCCAGAAACCUCGGAGACAGUCCUCAGAUACCCAUUCUUCUAAUAAAAAUAGAAAAAGUCUUCCAUGUGAGAAGAGAACAGUUCAGAAACAGCCAUUCUGUCCCUCAGAAAUGUCCUAUCUGAGCCUCUCCAGUACAAAUACAUUUCCUCCUAUGGGAUUUCCUGUCUAUUCUGAUCCAUUAGUCAGCUUUCCAGCCUCUCCGAUAGGAGAGCUUUCCCUUAACUCCCUAAAACCUGAGCCCAAGUCAUCAUCCCAGCUAUGCUGCGAAGCACAGUCAUUCCCAGCGUUUUCUGUCCCAAACACAGGAACGUUUAUGGCUAUAUUUUUUCAUAGUUUCCCCAUGUAUCCUCAGAUGCCUCAGUCUGGCUUUCUUCCUACCCCUCAAUAUGCUUAUCCCUCCUCUUCAUAUUCAUGUACUACACAACAUGCAGCUCCCCCUCCCUGUACUUCAGCAGCAGUAGCACUGAGGUCUGUACAUCAGCCCUUUCCAGCCUCUCCUGCCUUGUCCACUGAAAGAGAACAAGAGGACCACUGGGAUGGGGCCCCACUGUUCAGUAGCUCGCAGAGCAGCUCCCCACUUCAGCUGAAUUUGCUUCAGGAAGAGCUGCCAAGACCUGUGGAGCUUCCUGUUAGAAAUGAUGCUAAAGCACACAUGGAGGCAAAAAGUGGAUACAGCUAAUGAACGAAGAACAGGGAUCCGUGUGGGUCGGUUUCCAUACAUGGGCAUAGAAAAGGCCUCUCCAACUUCCGCGGUAAACUCAGAGACAGGAAUCUGAGCUCUGCAGGCAAGGAAAAAAUGUUGGCUCCUGAACCCAGAUUGGGCUGGAAAGGCUGGAUCAGCUGAAACUGCAGGGUAGGGUCCUGAGGGGGAGUGGUCUACCUAUACCUGCUGAAGCUGUGAGCUUCACCUAGUAACUUGGGGAAGAUUAUUUCAUUUUCCCUGUAGUGCACCGAUGCUUGAUGAGUGUGGUUGCUUCAUGGCGUCCAACAGAAUAUGAAGGGAACUGACUCUCUUAUCAGCAGACAAUCUUGACUUAAUGCGAAAGUACAAUAUUUUGAAAGAAACACAGUGGGGA